AUGGGCUGCUUUUCAUGUUGCAUUCCACUUGGAAGAGAAGCCAGAAAAUCAUUAAAAAGGAGCAGCAAGGACCACCGUGACCCCAAAAAUUUUGCGAGCUCAUUUGCUAAUAUCUCCUUUAAAACUGAUAGCAGCAGGCACAGAUACAUAAACGAAGAAAUAAGCAGAAUCGGUAAAGGGAAUAUUACUGCAAAGAUCUUUUCCUACAGAGAGCUAUGUGCCGCAACAACAAACUUCACCCCCGAAAAUCUGCUGGGCGAAGGAGGCUUUGGGAGGGUAUACAGAGGGAAGCUUGAAAAUCAACUUGUUGCUGUUAAGCAACUUGACAGGAAUGGAUUUCAAGGAAACAGAGAAUUUCUUGUAGAGGUUUUGAUGUUAAGCCUACUUAGUCAUCCGAACCUUGUGAAUUUGGUUGGAUACUGUGCUGAUGGUGACCAAAGAAUUUUAGUUUAUGAGUACAUGGCCGGUGGCUCCUUGGAGGACCACCUUCUCGAUUUAGCUCCAGGCAGAAAUCCUUUAGAUUGGACAACCAGGAUGAAAAUUGCCGAAGGUGCAGCAAGAGGGCUUGAAUAUUUGCACGAAACAGCCAAUCCCCCAGUGAUAUACCGCGAUUUUAAAGCAUCAAAUGUACUGUUAGAUAAGGACUUUAAUCCAAAACUCUCCGAUUUCGGCCUAGCAAAACUAGGUCCAACUGGGGAUAAAACUCAUGUCUCCACUAGAGUAAUGGGCACCUAUGGAUAUUGUGCACCUGAAUAUGCAUUAACAGGACAAUUGACGAGCAAAUCCGAUGUUUACAGCUUUGGAGUCGUAUUUUUAGAGUUAAUCACAGGGAGGAGAGUCAUUGACAAUUCAAGACCAACAGAAGAACAGAAUUUAGUUGCUUGGGCAACACCAUUAUUCAGAGACAGAAGGAAGUUCACAUUAAUGGCUGAUCCAUUGCUAGAAGGAAAUUACCCCUUAAAGGGUCUAUACCAAGCACUUGCAGUGGCAGCCAUGUGUCUUCAGGAAGAAGCCACAACACGACCAUUGAUGAGUGAUGUGGUGACAGCUCUGGAAUAUUUAGCUAACAAAAAAAAGGAGGAAGAAGACAGUAGUCAUUCUGGUUAUGGAUAUCCUGAAAGACAUAGUAUUGAAGACACAGAAAGCAGUAGGCAUAAUGGUGUUGAGGGGUAG